GUUAGUAUGUAUUACAUUCAAGUAUAAGUAGAUUUAAAUAUAUUGUUUGUAUAUUUGUACAUGAUAGGAUAAAAUUUGAUAGGAUAAAAUUUAUCUCUAAAUGUUUGAUUUAUGAACACAUCCUAUUUUAUGUAUUAUUGAAAUAAUGAAUAGUUAUAAUGAUCCCUUUGGUUUUACCAAACAAACGAUGUCUUUAUUGCGUGGUUUGGGUGCACCUGAAUUAAUACCAGAAUGCAAGAAAAGAAAUAUAUCAACAGAUGUAUUACACGAGCUCACUGUGCAAGAACUAAUAAUGUUAGGGUUGAACAUUUUCUUGAAAUAAUCAAACAUGGAGAGCAACAAUUUUGCUUAAUACAAGCACUUAUAGCAUAUUGUCGAUUAAGACUUGUUAAAGAAAAAAUUAAUAUUUUUGUUGAUCCUAAUCAUUGUUUGACCGCUUCUAAAAUAUUACCUAUUGCUGUUGAAGCAACGUUAACAGAGUUAAAAGAUGCAAAAAAAAAUCUUUCUGAAAUUGAGGAAUUGAUUUUAAAGCUCAGUCGCAAUAAGAUGGACGGUGGAGCGUACGGUGGAGGAAAGGCAGGAGCCCCUUUCGACCCUCUUGCCUUCAUCCAAAGGCCUCAAGUCAUUCUAAGAGCUGUAUGUUUGCUCUUUGCGAUAAUCGUGUUCGGAUGCAUAAGCAACAAAGGGUACAUAAAAAAAGAAAACGGAGGAGAGGUGUGUCUUUAUAACGAAGACCACAAUGCAUGCAAUUACGGGAUAGGAAUUGGAGUCCUUGCCUUCCUUGCCAGCAUUGGAUUCCUUGCUGGCGAAUAUCUUUUCGAGCAGAUGUCUUCUGUUAAGACCAGGAAGCACUUUGUCCUCCUCGAUUUAGGGUUUUCCGGUUUUUGGGCAUUUCUCUACUUUGUCGGAUUCUGUUACUUAACCAAUGCUUGGAACAAGUCGCAAACGCCAAAAGAUAAUUACGGAGUGAACAACGUUCAAAGCGCUAUUGCUUUCUCCUUCUUCUCCAUAUUUACCUGGGCUGGAUGUGCCUGGUUCGCCUUCCAAAGAUUCAAGCAAGGUACCGACGCUGCAUUCGCACCGAGUUACGAAGCAGAUCCUGUUGGUGGAACAGGAUAUACAAGUUAUCCUGAUGCGACUGAUACUGGUUAUCAAGAACCACCGUUUGACACAACGCAAGAAAAUAAUAGAUAAAAGAAGACAAAAAGCUCUGCAAGGAAAUUUCCAAUGAUUGAGCAAUGUCGAUAGAGUAAGUUUUCAUAGUAACAUAACUAGUGGAUGCAAGAGUAAAUGAAGGGAAAUAAGGAAACGGGAAAAUAUAUAAAGAGAAAAUAAUGAGAAUAAGAAAGAGAAUGUGCGCGUAUGCGAAUACGUAUGUGUGUAUAUGUGUGUGACUGAAAAAGAAGUAGAAAGAAUGCGUGAUUAUGUACGUGCAAGACAACAAAACGUUACUUGUUAAAACUGUGCUUCUUAUUGUUGACCACUUAUAAGUCUUACACCUAAAAAUCAGUGGCGUAAGCGAUAAAGAAAAAAAAUAUAAAAAAAAAUGACACAUUUAAGAAAUAACACAUUGAAAUCGAAAAAGGAAGUGUGCAAAGAAAC